GCCCACGAGCCAAAGGUUUGUGUGUUUAAAGUCGGCUUCAACGCCAGGACACUCAGUCUGGGACGGUCAGUCUGGGACGGUCACCCGUGAUCCGACAUGAAGGUCCAGCUCCUGCUCGUCUGCCUGGUCCUGGCAGCGUUCGUCCUCCCUGCAGAAAUGAAACGUGGAAAACACAAACACAGACAUUCGUCAUCAGCGCCUGAACGACACCGAGGACGACAUAAGAAGACGGAACGGUUUGAGGACAUCAUCCGAGACUUAAUCUUUCAGUUUAUAAACGAUGAUGAAGAUGAUGAUGAUGACCACGGUGGUCUGGACUGGCUGUUUGAUCUGCAAGACCCAGAAGGCCAGUGUAACCCAAACCCCUGCUUCAACAACGGUGUGUGUGAGGAAAAGGCCAAAAGGAAAUACAAAUGUGACUGUCCCAAACCCUUCAAAGGGAAGAGGUGUGAGAAAGGUCCUAAAGCCUGUAAAAGAGGCCGUUGUGGGCGUGGUGAAUGUGUGCUGACGUCGACGCCCCCGUUCUAUGAGUGUAAAUGCAAGGCACCGUUCCAACCUCCCAACUGUAGGAGCUACUCUGUGUGCGAUCCAAACCCGUGCAGAAACGGUGGACGCUGCGUUCAGGACGGGAACGACUUCGACUGUGACUGUCCUCGGGGCUUCAGAGGACGCUUCUGCCAUGUCGGUCCAAACGACUGCUUCGUGGAGGACGGGGAGUCGUACCGCGGUAACGUGAGCGAGACGGACGACGGUUCUGAGUGUCUGUUCUGGAACUCCCACUUCAUCCUGGAGAACGGAGCCGACCCCUUCAACUCCUACGAGGACCAGGACGGACUGGGACCGCACAACUUCUGCAGGAACCCAGACGGGGACUCCAUGCCCUGGUGUUUCUACAGGAAGGGACGAAAACUACUGUGGGACUACUGCGACGUCCUGGAGUGUGCAGAGACCACCGACGUGUCUCCGACAUCAGAUCCAGAUCCAACAGAACAUUCAACAAACGCACCCGAGACCCCUCAGACCCCCGAGACCCCACAGACCCCACAGACCCCACAGACCCCACAGACCCCCCAACCCACCCAACCUGGAUCUGAACCUGAACCUACCACAGAACCCACCGCCACCGAGUCCCCGUCCCAGAGUCCUACCCUGACCCCCACCCAGACCGCCACAGCCCUGCCCACAGCCCCGCCCACCACCGCCCCGGCCCCGCCCCCUCGGUUCCUCACUUGUGGACGACCUCAACCUAAGAAGCAGAUCACACGGAUCUAUGGGGGCCUGAAGGUCCCGCCUGGGGCCCUGCCCUGGCAGGCCUCGGUCCAGGUCAGACCAGGGGGGUCCAGCGGCCCCUACAGACACAUCUGUGGGGGGGUGGUCAUCGACAGCUGCUGGGUGUUGACCGCAGGACACUGCAUAGAACCGCAGAAGGACAUGCAGGUGGUUCUGGGUGGGCAGAACCUGGACCACACCGAACCCACAGAGCAGGUUCUGACGGUGGAGCGGGUCAUCAGACACCCAGACUACCGAGAAACACCUGUGGCUGUUUACAACGACAUAGCUUUGUUGCGUCUGAACGGAGCCGAUGGAGUUUGUGCCAACGAGACUCAGUUUGUGAAGUCAGCCUGUCUGCCUGACGCCGCACUGCCUGAUGGGAAGGAAUGUACCAUCUCUGGGUGGGGGGCCACCGAGGAAUCUCAGUUGGGCUCUACCCACCUCCUGGAUGCCAGAGUUCUUCUCAUAAAUCAGGACAAAUGCAGCGAGGCGGACGUUUACGGCAGCGUCCUGGACAUGAGCAUGUUCUGCGCCGGACACCUGCAGGGGGGCGUGGACUCCUGCCAGGGGGACUCUGGUGGUCCUCUUACCUGUGUGGACCAGGGGGUCCAUGUGGUCUAUGGUCUGGUCAGUUGGGGGGACCAGUGUGGGAAGAAGAACAAACCUGGGGUCUACACCAGGGUCACCCACUUCCUGGACUGGAUCCGGGUCCAGACAGGUCUGACGCCGCCUGCAGCUGUUUAGAUGCCAGCAUCAUGUGGACCAGGACCUGGACCUGGACCUGGGUCCUGAACCGAGCCUGUUGGACUCAGAUCUGUUGUAUUUUUCUAUUCUAUGAAAAAAUA